CUUGAGACUGAGAGAAUUCAAGAUGGCUGUCUCAGAAAAUCAAAUGGUUUGAAAUAAGGGCUCCAGAUGAGGGCUUCCUCCUGCAUUUGCCCUGCUGUGUAAAUCUUUGUGAGUGUCAGUGCUGCCAGUCCCUCACUGCCCCAUCAGAGACACCAUGUCCAACACUUCCUCCUGUUCCUCGUCGGGGGAAACCAGCCCGGAUGAUACACCCCGAGGUGGAGGCACCAUCCGCGUCUACCUCCCUAACAAGCAGCGGACGGUGGUAAACGUUCGGCCUGGGCAAACUGUGUAUGAUAGUUUAGAUAAAGCCCUGAAAGUCAGAGGCCUAAGCCAGGAUUGCUGUGCUGUCUUUCGCCUACUUGAAGGCCGAAAGAGACUUACAGAAUGGGACACUGACAUCACACCCCUCGUAGGGGAAGAGCUUCUGGUAGAAGUCCUGGAUGAUGUUCCCCUUACCAUGCACAAUUUUGUACGUAAAACGUUCUUUAAGUUAGCAUACUGUGACUUCUGCCACAAGUUCUUGUUCAACGGCUUCAGGUGUCAGACAUGUGGAUAUAAAUUUCACCAGCACUGCAGCAGUAAAGUCCCUACAGUAUGUGUGGACAUGGACACAAUGACAAAACGGUGUGUUAAUAAUCCAGAAGACUGCCCUGCGAUAUUGAUAUAUCCGGCCACCAAUUCCAUAUCGCAGAGCGACCUACCUUUAACCUCAGAUUCUCCUGGAGGGGAGCUGCCGUCUUCCCCGUCAAACUUCCGUUUGUUCAUUCGAGGAGAGGAUGGUCAGUCUCUCCAGAGGCAUCGAUCAACCUCAACACCUAAUGUUCAUAUGGUCAGCACGCUGGAGCCUGGCGCUGCUGGCCUUUUGGAGGAACCAUUCAAAAUCAGCACAGUGGCGUCAUCCACAGGGUACGAGUCCUCUCCCAAACCUUCCACUAGCCCACCCCACUUAGGGUCGCCAGGAAGAAAACCCCCCAAAUCCCCCUCUGAGCCCAAGGAACGAAAGCAGUCCUCGUCUGAUGAUAAAAAGAAAGUGCACCGGGGAGGUUACAGAGACUCCAGCUACUACUGGGAGGUGCACUCACGGGAGGUGUCCAUGUUAAAGAGGAUUGGAGCAGGCUCUUUUGGGACCGUCUUUAAAGGCAAGUGGCAUGGAGACGUGGCCAUCAAGAUUCUUAAAGUGACAGAGCCCACACCGGAGCAGCUCCAGGCCUUUAAAAAUGAGAUGCAGGUUUUACGAAAAACACGCCAUGUAAACAUUCUACUGUUUAUGGGCUUCAUGACGAAGCCUAAUUUUGCCAUUAUCACACAGUGGUGUGAAGGCAGCAGUCUGUAUCGCCAUCUGCAUGUUACUGAGACCAAGUUUGACACCAUGCGGCGUAUUGAUGUUGCUCGCCAAACUGCACAGGGCAUGGAUUAUCUUCACGCCAAGAAUAUCAUUCAUCGGGACUUGAAAUCUAAUAAUAUCUUCCUGCAUGAAGGCUGGACAGUAAAGAUCGGUGACUUUGGCUUGGCUACAGUAAAGUCUCGCUGGAGUGGCUCACAGCAGGUCGAACAGCCCAGUGGCUCCAUCCUGUGGAUGGCUCCUGAGGUGAUCAGAAUGCAAGACACUAACCCGUACACCUUCCAGUCUGAUGUGUAUGGAUAUGGAGUGGUGCUCUACGAACUGAUGUCUGGGACUUUGCCUUAUUCAAAUAUCAACAACCGUGAUCAGAUUAUUUUCAUGGUGGGUCGUGGUUACUUGUCUCCAGACCUCAGUAAAUUAUACAGUAACUGCCCAAAAUCAAUGAAGAGGCUCAUCAUUGACUGUCUGAAAUUCAAACGGGAUGAACGGCCUCUCUUUCCACAGAUCCUGGUGAGCAUUGAGCAGGUCCAGGAUUUGUUGCCAAAAAUCGAGCGGAGUGCCUCUGAGCCCUCUCUACACCGUGCUGUACAUGCCGAGGACCUGAAUCCGCUUCUCCUUCACACCACACGCCUCCUGCCUCUGUGAGACUCCCGGAGACCAUCCGCUCUUCUCCUGAAAGCCGUGCAGCAUCAUUCCCAGCAUGAAAUCCCAAGUUCCUCUCUUUUAUUCCACACAUUCCUGAGAGCAUCCUAAUUAGGCUACUUCAUUGGUCCCAAAUACAGUCACGCACACCCAUAUAACAUUUAUCGCUCUCGCCCUCCUCUUUCCAACUCUGCCUGUAGAGAAUGUCAGUUUAUAUCUGGACCCAGCUGCUUUCUAAAAGGAAGCAGGACAUAAACCGUGCUCUAUUACUACAUUUAUUGGAUGUCCAUAUCCAAGCAUCAUAUCGGCAAUGGAUCGGCACAAUCUUAAUAACCUCCUUUUUUGAGGUGUAUUUCAAAAUGUGUAUGGUUGCUUACGUUACCUGUUUUACUUUGAGAUGAAAGUAGCUUUUUUAUUUUUAUUUUUUUCAUAGAACAAGCAAACCAGCCUGGAGAUUUUUUUUUUUUUGUCUCUGUUGUCCUUGCUUGAACUUCAAUUCCCACUGAUGGCACACUGUGAUGGCUCCAAUCAUCUGCAUUGGUCACGCAGACUUUGCAGGCUGGUUUGCUGUCAGCUGCUUUAACUUCAAGGUCAUUCGCCCAUUGUCUUUUUAAUUCAGCUAUUUUCUUAUGGAAAAUGUUGCUUAAAUUCUUUAUCUGGUGUCAGAUUAGGUUGGAUGUAAAUGUGCCCAUGUUAUAUGUGCUGUGCAUUUGUGAUAUUUAAAAAACAAACCUCUGAUUUGGCUUCUUUAUACCAGUAGGUUUUAAAUUGUGAGCUUAAUGAAAUUUAAAGACAAAUAGCACACAAACUGUUGCUAUUGUCAGUGGCGAUCAACCUGUGAUUUGAAAUGAGUGCAUUUAUUCUUUUUUGAAUUGUGUGAUGUAAAAUGUUACAUCUUAAAGGGUCAGUUCACCCAAAAAUGAAAAUUGUUAUUAAUUACACACUUUUGUCAUUCCAAUCCCCUGAGACCUCGAAUCAUCUGCCAAAGCUGCCAGAAAACAUCCUCAAAACAGACCAAUCGGAAUAUCAUCAAGCUACUAGAAUCUUUUUUUGUGUCCAUAAAACAAAAAUAUUAUAAUAUAAACGGUUUCUCAGAGUCAGUAUAUUGUGCUUCAUUUAUGACCACUGUCACUGAUGUGAACAUUUCCUUUUUGGGCGAACUAACACUUUAAUUGAGUAAUCAUUCACAAACUAAACUAAGUUGGCUUUCACACUGGACACGUUUGGUGAGGCUCAAGUGCAGUGUUGGUCUGUUUUUACGUUUUUUUUUAUUUUAUUUAUUUUUUAGUUCCAUCAAACUAUUUUGCUGUACCAGGGGUCUAUUCUUCGUACAUGGAUUACUUAAUUAGCGUGAACAGUUCUGGUGGCUCAAACCUGCUUGGAGCAGGCUUGUUUCAUAUAAACAGGAUUCGAUCGUGUCUUUUCAAACAAAGAUAAUUCUGAUAUUUUCUCACAGUAGUAGUUAUAUACACUUGGGAAAAAGUAAAUACUAAAAAAAAAAAUACUGUCACAGGGUGGUUCUCCCCAUGGGGUUCAAAAAACAUUUAUUAAUAUGGACUUUUUAGAUAAAAAUGCGCUCUAUUUUAAGGUACCAGCUUUACUACAAUUUGUGUAUGAUAAUAUAGAUGCACAAUAUUCGACUGUUUGUUUUUGUUAAGGAAUAAUUUAUGCAGUCAUUGUUUUCACAGUGAUUUGAUGCUUCAGAGUUGCAGACACCUUUACUGAUAUCAAAAUGCUUUUUUUCGAUGCAGCCAGAUAUCACACCGAUUAAGAAACUUGAAUAGGCCCAUAAAAAGGAAAAUCCGCUCCAAAUGUAAAGCUAAAUAAUCUUGACACAUGAAAGUGUAAAGCCUGCAGCCCACAAGUUAUUGCUUCAUAUUUAACAAACCAUUUACUACUAAUUUUAUGUAAUUUAGCUCGCUUGAAUAACUGAAUAUUAAUCCGAUUAUUAUGCUGCUGUGCCGUCAACCAGUCGUUGCAUUGCUGAUCAUGAUUUUCAGGAUUGAUAGAUCUGUCCUUCAAAACACACGCAGAGAUCUCAGAUCAGUGAAUCUAGACAUAGGUACGAAGAACGGACCCCAGGAGGCCUUUUUGAGUGAAUGUUCUCCUUGUCUCUGUGUUGUGGGUUGUACUCUCAUUGCUGGGUUGGGAUCUGCUGUGUAAAACAUUUGCCAGAGUAAUUGGUGGUUCAUUCAACUUUGGUGACUCCUGAGAGAGCAGGGAAUAAGUCACCCUUAUGCUGCAUAAUCACUUAUGCAUAAUAAUCAAGCUGUCAUUGUUUUGUUAAAAUGAUGCUUCCACUUUUCAAACAAAUUGAGACACUUUCCAUUGCAAGCAAACUCAGAGCGCCCCCUAUAGAUGGUCCUAGAUUCAGUUUUUGCAGGUGUGCUCUCUGGUCCACAUUACCUCUUUCACAUUACAUUUACAUUUAAGUAUUUGACCUGCGCUGCAUUCGGUUGGUGCUUUCCCUGGGAAUUGAACCCACGACCUUCACUUUGCGAGCUCAUUUGCUACCAUUUGAGAUGCAUUCAAACUGUAUCCUGUUUCUAACUAAACGUCUAGUGUGAAAGCAACCUAAUAGGCAAAGUGCUGACACUUCAUUCCACUCAAAAUUUAACGUCUUUAACGCCAUUAACUGUCCACCUCUGCUACUUGUGCUGUUAGAUGGUUGUACAGUUUAUACAAUGGCUCACGCUGAGAUGGCAAGUCAUUUUCUUAGUUUGGAGGUCAUCUUCAUACUGGAGUUCGAAGAAAAAUCUGUGGAAACAGUCUUUGUCUGUUGCACAUCAGCUUUAAGAUGGUGUUACAGUUGAUGCUCUCAAACAAAAUACAGUUCCUAAAUUAGGCUGCUAACUGUUGACUUCUGGUUAAUCAUCUUUGGUUAAUCGGGCCGUGUUGAGCGAGAUGAUCAAACUUAAUAUGCUCUUUUAUUUCUGCAGUGUCCAUCCUUUUAGGACUCUGCAAAGAGCAGCAUUUCUUUCAGAUUGAAUCUGUGGCAGCAUUGGGCUUGGGGAGUGCUUCUGGCUGCUGUAUUCUUUCAAUUCAUUAGUCCUUUUUUUCUCAAAAGCAUGUCUUAAUGAAAUGGCCGUGCUGUCUGAUAGCAAUAUUAAAGUUCCUUUUCCACCCAUUCAGCUGGUUUCAGUAGGACUGAAUGAAACCUUCAGUGAUUGGGGGCCUUACAUUGAUCUACAUUUUCCAUCUGUCCAUUUAAUGAAGUCUUAAUAUAUGUAACUUAUUGAUUCAUAACUGACACUUGUACUAAAGGCAGAGUUUUGGUUCUUCUCUAGCAAUAUUCCAGUGGGGCUGGGUCCCCCCUUGAGCUGUACUCAUUCCAAAUUCCAGGCCUCUAGAAGAUUCUUAGGCCGAUUCCGUGUCUUGUUUGAGAGAUGGUUUCACAUCCUCUUGUUGACUAUUGGAAAUGAGUAUGUUUCAGAAACACCUGACUAAAAAAUGUGUAUAUGUAUCAUGAAUGAUAAUGUGGUACUCUACAAGUGUAGAUUUUUCCUAAGAAACCAGUGGUAAUAAUAUUGUUCAGUGCAAAAGGAGGUCAUUGGGUUAUCAAGUGUUUGUGGAUAGGUUAGGCACUAUAUGCUCUUCUCUUUUCAUAACGGUUGAGAAAGCAAGACUAUUGGGUUUAUUUUUGUAUAGGUUUGGAUGCACAUCAAGUUCUGUUGAUGCAUUUAAAGCUAUAAACCGGCUUUAACAGAACAGCAUGGAAACCUCUAGAUUUAGGAACUGUUUUCCUUUGAAUUCCAGCCUUACGUUAAAUGGUUCUAGAUUAUUAGAACGGUAACCUCUUCCAACUUUUGGAAAUUUGCAGCAUUGCCUUAAUGGCUCUAAUGUCCCUCUAGAUACAUUGGGACAAACACAUGUCCCCCGAUGUCAUUUGUAAGCACAUUUUUAUAGUUUCCAUUCAGCCCAAAAAAGAUAAUCAGUAUACGAGAUUGAGUUCCUGCUUUUGCACAAGGGCAUGAAUGCCGAAGAGUGAAACUUUUGAAUAAGUGUACAAGUCACCAUUUGUUUUUCAGAUCAGAAAAUAUAACACGAUCUGUUUUUUGUUUCAGAAUAAAACUAGUUUUGCGUAUUUUAGGUGAACUGCAAUAAAUUGUGUAUAGCUGAAGAGGUCUAAGGGGUGUUUGUGAAAAUGGUGUAUUCUGCUGUGUACAGUUACUUUUUUUUUUUUUUUUU